UUGUGGGAAUGAGAGAGAACACUGUUUAAUAGAAACACUGCAGGGGAAAGACCGAGAGGAUGCGCGUUCACGAGGAGGACUCGCGCAGGGCGGGGACGCGCGGGCGCGCGGCUGAGGAGGAGAGUGGAACCCGGAUGCUGAUGCUGAUGGAGAGAGAAGAAGGAAGGAGGAGAAGAUAAUAAGGAAAAGCCUCCUGACAGAGGGAAGGUGCAGUGCAUGGGCUGAGGGAGCUUCACAGACUGCACACGGGGAGCGGCAGUGAGCUGCAGGACACGAGAAGCUCACAGACACCGGGAUCGCCAUUUUCCACCGUUAGGAUGUCCGGUAACCGGGAGACGGGAGGAGAGCGCGGGGAGGAGCUGCUGUGAGGGAGACAAGGAGAACAUUCCACCUGCUCAUCACCACCAUCACCACCAUCAGCAUCAGCAUCAGCCACAUCCUGAUAUGCCGGUUUUCCUCACAGAAACUCUCUAUAACCAGAACCGGACAAACACACAGUGACUGUGGAGAAAUUCCCCGGGGCGGCGCGCGCUCUCUCCCCGGCCUGCUCCGCUCCACACCCGUAUGCGCGGCCUGGACAACACCGCGGCUCAGCACACAUUCACUCCUCACUUCUAGAUUGACUGAAACCAGAGGAACGUUUGCAGAAGUCAGAGAUGGAUGUGGUGUUAUUAGUUAGAUGACAGGUUUUUUUAUUAUUGCUUUUUAUAUUUUUUAUUCUUUUCCACAUCAUCCUGCCAGUAACUGGGUCACUUCCGGUCUCUGAGUCAUCCGUGUCCUCCUGAAAAACCUAGUUCCUCCUCAUCCUCACAACCUCAAUCAAAGACCUCCUGGAUCUCCGGAAUCACAUCUCAUCCCAAAAACCCGAUCGGGUUCGGAACCGCAGCGUCCAAAGCAGCUAGAGAGGAAAAAGAGGAGGACCAGGAUCAGGCCUUCAUCAUCACCUGCAGCCCGACGGUAAUGUCGGACAGGCGCGUGACGUCACCAGGCAGGACGUCGCGCUGUGCACUGAACCGGAUGUGAGAGGGGUUUCCUUCAUUGUUGCGGUCACUCCUUAAACCUGAGCAUCAUGUCCAGUAAAGAGGUGUCCAGCAGCCACCCUGCCCAGUAUGUGGGACCAUAUCGCCUGGAGAAAACCCUGGGAAAAGGACAGACAGGUUUGGUGAAGCUGGGUGUCCACUGUAUCACAGGCCAGAAAGUGGCUAUAAAGAUUGUAAACAGAGAGAAACUUUCAGAGUCUGUCCUCAUGAAGGUGGAGAGAGAGAUCGCCAUUUUGAAGUUAAUUGAACAUCCACAUGUCCUCAAACUGCACGAUGUGUACGAGAAUAACAAAUACCUGUAUCUGGUGUUGGAGCACGUGUCAGGAGGUGAGCUGUUUGAUUAUUUGGUGAAGAAAGGUCGUCUGACUCCUAAAGAAGCGAGGAAGUUUUUCAGACAGAUCAUCUCCGCCCUGGACUUCUGUCACAGUCACUCUAUAUGUCACAGAGACCUGAAGCCAGAGAACCUGUUGUUGGAUGAGAAGAAUAAUAUCAGGGUAGCUGACUUUGGCAUGGCGUCUCUCCAGGUGGGAGACAGUCUACUGGAGACGAGCUGUGGAUCUCCUCAUUACGCAUGUCCUGAAGUCAUCAGGGGGGAGAAGUAUGAUGGUCGUAGAGCAGAUGUAUGGAGCUGUGGUGUUAUCCUUUUUGCUCUGCUGGUGGGAGCUUUACCCUUUGAUCAUGAUAACCUGCGGCAGCUGCUGGAGAAGGUGAAGAGUGGAGUGUUCCACAUGCCCCACUUCAUCCCACCUGAGUGUCAGGCGCUGCUGAGGGGCAUGAUCGAGGUCAACCCUGAGAAACGCCUUACGCUGGAAGCAAUACACAAACACCCAUGGUACCUUGGAGGUCGUAACGAGCCGUGUCCCGAACCUUCCCCCAGAAGAGUGUGUGUGAAGAGGAUCAUGUCUCUGACAGAACUGGACCCUGAUGUGUUGGACAGUAUGCACUCUCUGGGCUGCUUCAGGGACCGAGUCAAACUGACCCGAGACCUGCAGUGUGAAGAAGAAAACCAGGAGAAGAUGAUCUACUACCUGCUGCUGGACAGAAAGGAACGCUACCCCAGUUAUGAGGAUGAAGAUCUUCCUCCCAGGAAUGAUAUUGAUCCUCCCCGUAAACGAGUGGACUCUCCCAUGCUGACCCGUCAUGGCCGCUGUCGACCGGAGAGAAAGAGCCUGGAGGUGCUGAGUGUGACGGAUCAGGGUUCCCCGACUCCACCCCGUCGGGCCCUCGACACCUCCGCACAUAGCCAGAGAUCUCGCUCAGUGAGCGGCGCUUCGACCGGUUUGUCCUCUAGCCCCCUGAGCAGCCCCAGAAGUCCAGUUUUCACCUUCAGCCAAUCCGAGGUCGCCUCUGCCUCUGCCACACAAGCCAAAGACCACAAAGCGGGAAGCAGCCAUGCCUCUCGGGCUGCCCAGCGUGUGCCCGACCAAAAAACCCAGACACUUCCCUCGAAGGCGGCGAGUGAGCGUCUGCAUCUGCAGUCUAUGAAGUCUCUCCCCCUGCAGACGCCACCCUCCCCCUCCCCCUCACCGUCUCCACUCCUUUCCCCCAUCCCUCGUUUCUUCUUCUUCCCCGCUCCCUCCGUCCUGAAGUCCGUCACUAAGUCCAUUUAUCCUAACUCUGCCCAUGUGUCGCAGGUCACACCCCAGGAUUCCCCGCUUCCCACCCCUUGGAACACCCCAGCCCCUCCCACCCCACCAUCCUCCUCUUCCUCCUCCUCCUCCUCACGAGCUGAAGGGGGCGGGGCUGGCAGCAGUACAGGGGGUGGUUCCCUGUCCCUCACCCCCCCCUCCAGCCCCGGUGCAGGUGGUGGAAUGGCUGCUAGUAGCUCCGCCCAUUGGAGGAGCCGUCUCAACUCAUUCAAGAACAACCUGCUGGGUUCUCCACGCUUCCAUCGCCGCAAGCUGCAGGUUCCUACAUCAGAAGACAUGUCCAGCCUGACUCCGGAGUCCAGCCCUGAAUUGGCUAAGAAGUCCUGGUUUGGGAAUUUCAUCAGUCUGGAAAAAGAGGAGCAGAUUUUUGUUGUGAUUCGAGACAAACCUCUGAGUUCCAUCAAAGCAGACAUUGUCCAUGCCUUUCUAUCAAUUCCAUCUCUGAGCCACAGUGUAAUCUCUCAGACAAGUUUUAGAGCAGAGUAUAAGACGUCUGGUGGUUCCUCCGUCUUCCAGAAGCCCAUUAAAUUCCAGGUGGACAUCGCCUUCUCCGAGGCAGAGCGUGAACGAGAGCGGGGCAGAGAGGGCAAAAGGGAGACUGGAAUUUACAGCGUCACCUUCACCCUCAUCUCAGGUCCUAGUCGCAGGUUUAAGAGAGUGGUGGAGACGAUUCAGGCUCAGCUGCUCAGUACUCAUGACCAGCCCUCUGUGCAGGCCCUCGCUGAUGAGAAGAACGGGAUCUCGUCUCAUCCUCCUGCCACGCCCACCCGCCAGAACUCCCGCCACUCUGAGGGGGGAGGAGAACGCAGCGAGAGGGCGGAGCGCGCAGACGGUGCAGGUACAGGCAGCAGUGGUAGCGUCAUCCAGCGCAAGGGGUCGGGCAAGGACAAGCCCCGCCUCCUGUCCUCCAAUGGAACCCAGUCUCAGCCGUGAGAGAACUCACUGAAGAGCUGUGACUCUCUCUGUUCCCCUGUCCCCCUGUCCCCUAAUCCCCCCCACCCCACCCCACCCCCAGGAAAUCCCACAAUCCCUCACUCACAGCCCUGACUCAUCUCUGACCCGUGUAGCUCCAGUGCAGCUGGAAAAAAAAAAAACAGAAGAAAGCAGAUGUUCUCACUCACUGAUACACCAAUCACCUGCAGACACCUAAAGCUCUCUGAGAGCUGGAGCUGCAAUGAUGAUGAUGAUAAUGAUGUCACUCACCUGGAACCUGCAGAGGAUCUCAAAUCCAUACAGAAAUAAUAGUUUAUAAACAUCUGGAAGCUUAGCUACACCACGUCCAGAUCAGGUACUGAUCAUGGAGAUGUGCUGAGGUGGACAGGGGUCUCGUUUUCAUCAUCAUUUCAUCUUCACUAUCAUUAAAAGAAACCUCACUGAUACACACUUCCUUCCUAAACAAGGUGGGAGAACGAGACGGGUUCUUCUGCUCCAGGAACACGUGGAGAACAUGGCUGCUCCUGAACCACGGUUCUGUAACUGAUUGAAGAAAAGUGCUGAUGAUUGUAGUGAAGGAUUUGCGAAGACGAAUCAGACCUAGAGCACGAGCACGAGCACGUUCUAAUCACAUGGUAUUUACACACCAUUUAUUCAUCCAGAGCCAGACACGGCGAGGAGACAUGGAGUCAUGGAUACGAGGAGAUGAUGAGAUGUGCAGACGUGGACAUGAGGAGCUCCGACAGUCCAGAAAAAACACACAAAAGACUCAAUUCUGACCAUGUGAAAAUCGAAUCAUACAAACGUCUCAAAACACACAAUUUAAAAAUUGUAUUUCAUUUAACAGUCCAAUAUAUUAAUUUAAAACCUGUUAUUUAUUAAUUAAUUUAUUUAUUUAUUUAUUUAUUUAUUUAUUUAUUUGGCUGCUGUUCUGGGGUUUCCAGAUGUUUCAGAAGUAAACAGAAGAAGCACACUGGAUGUUCAUUUUGUUUCCUAACAUUAAAAUAAUGCUGCAGUUGUUUUACAGAUGUUUUUGUGUUGAAACCACAGUUUCAGUUCUGUUUGUAUUUCUGUUCAUGUUUCUCAUUUUACUUUAUUAUAUUUAAAGAUAAAGAAUUAAAAAAAAAAACGAUGAUGUGAAGAAGAGGAAUAAAGGACAAGAAGAAGAAUCUCACACUUCA